AUGGAGCAGCAGCACAUGUGCCCUCAGAUCAACGUUGGGGAGGAUCGUUUCCCAGGAUUUUACAUCCUGUCCCAGUUCCACAUUGCUGAGCUGGCGCGAAGAGGCACUGUUAAAAAGGUUGCUGGAUCAUCUCCUCAGCAUGUUGCUUAUCAAAUAGGCCCAGCAUUCAACUUCAGAAUAAACACGAGAUCAGCGUAUCCUCUGGGUUUACCGGAGAAAUUUGCCUUUGUGUCGGUGCUGCGCAUGAGUGGCAGCACCAUAACUAAAAACUGGAAUAUCUGGCAAAUGCAAGAUGUGAAUGGACACGAACAGCUGUCAGUCAGACUCAACGGGGAGUCUGAGUCUCUGGAGUUCACCUUCACAGCGACAGACACCGGGAGGCAGACUGUUGUUUUCAGCUCUCUGUCUUUUAUUUUCGAUGACCAGUGGCACAGAGUCCUGCUGGACGUCGGCAGGCGCUCUGUAACACUUUUCGUGGACUGUGUCAUGAUUGGUUCUCAGAACAUAUCACCCCGACAAAAAGUUAGUCUGGAUGGUUUCACGUUGAUUGGAAAAAUAAAGGAGAACCCGGUGAUGGCCGUUCCGAUCAUGGCUCGGGUCCCCAGCUUCAGAGGGCCACUUCUGGUGCUGCUCCUACAGCUUGUCCUUAUAUGCUCCGGUCAAAGGAGUCAAGGAGCUGCUGGCCCUCCUGGACCUGCAGGUGUCCCGGGAAUUGAUGGCAUUUCUGGGGAAAGGGGAGCAGAUGGCGACGAUGGUCUUCCUGGGCCUGAUGGAGACGCAGGUAAAGCCGGAUCUUCAGGGUUACCUGGGAUUCCUGGAAAUGAUGGUUUGACCGGCCCUAUUGGAGAUCUUGGGCCCAACGGUCCCCUUGGACAGAAAGGUGAACCUGGAAAAUCUGGACCUCGUGGAGCAGCUGGUGUUGGGCCAGAUGGACCCCCUGGACCACCUGGGCCUGGAGGACUUCCGGGUGAAGUGGGAAAAGUCGGGCCACCAGGGGCAAUGGGAGUGAGAGGGCCACAGGGACCUAAUGGACCAACAGGGCCCAGAGGUGCAGCUGGAAUGCUAGGCAGUGCUGACCUGUGUCAAAACUCUUGUCCGCCUGGGACCCCCGGACACCCUGGCCUUCCUGGCAUGAAGGGCCAUAAAGGUGUAAAAGGUGAAGCAGGAGAACCUGGGAAACAAGGACACAAGGGUGAAGAAGGCGACCAGGGCGCUUCAGGGGAGGUUGGAUCUCAGGGACCAACGGGCCCUCAGGGGAUUCGUGGAGCCAUGGGAAUGAUGGGGUCCAAGGGAGAAAUGGGAGCUCGAGGCCCUGAUGGAGAUCCAGGUCCCCAGGGUGUUGCAGGGGCAACUGGGGAUCAAGGUCAGAGGGGUGUGAUGGGUGAGCCUGGGCCCAAAGGUGAAACGGGUAUUCUAGGGCCAAGAGGAAUCACAGGAGUUCCAGGUCCCAAGGGAGAGGCCGGCUUACCGGGUGUUGAUGGUCGUGAGGGUAUUCCUGGGAUGCCAGGAGCAAAGGGAGAGAUUGGGAAGUCAGGCGCUCCCGGAGAGGUUGGGCUUCAGGGACUUCCAGGGUUACCCGGUUCACCUGGACCAAAAGGAUCAAGUGGAACUAAGGGAGAUGCUGGUCUAGGAGGCCUCCCGGGAACACUGGGUCCUGCUGGCAAAACAGGAGAGCGCGGAGAACAGGGGGAGGUGGGACCUGUUGGACCUAUUGGUAAUUCUGGAGAUCUGGGAGAACAAGGCCCCUUAGGUCCAGCCGGCAAGCCAGGUGCCAGGGGACCCAAAGGUGACCCCGGCCUUCCUGGUCUUCCCGGUCCUUCUGGCCUGCCUGGGGUGAAAGGAGAGAGGGGAGAUCGUGGAGAAGCAGGACCUAAAGGAGAGCAGGGUGUGCCAGGUGAUGAGGGAAACCCUGGAGACAAAGGGGAUGUUGGGGAAACAGGAGAAAGUGGAUCAAAAGGAGACGUUGGUAAUCCUGGUGAGCCUGGCAGAAGGGGUCCUGAGGGAAGUCGAGGCCAGCCUGGCAUUGAGGGGCCUCCUGGCUCACCUGGUCCUCGUGGCAUGCAGGGAAACAGGGGUCUACCUGGAGUCAGAGGGACCCAGGGUCCUGCGGGUAAAGAGCCAAAUGAUCAGCACAUCAAGCAAGUUUGUAUGCGAGUCAUGCAAGAACAGCUGGCCCAGUUAGCUGCUAGUUUACGAAGGCCAGAGUCUGGCGUGGCUGGUUUACCUGGCAAACCUGGACCUCCAGGGCCUCCUGGGUCCCCGGGAGACAAUGGCUUCCCUGGGCAGGCAGGAACAAGAGGCCUUCCAGGACUCAAAGGACCACCUGGAAUUAUUGGAGUGAAAGGACCCAAAGGUGAAAUGGGUGACAGAGGCUCUAGAGGACCCACUGUGCGAGGACCUAAAGGUCAGGCAGGACCUCCUGGACUUCCUGGUGAACCAGGCAAACCUGGCUACGGUCAAGAUGGUCGGGAUGGGCAGAGGGGACCUCCCGGUGUUCCUGGACAGCCCGGUGUGCCUGGGCCUCCUGGUUCAGCUGGUCCUAAUGGUUACUGUGACCCAUCAGCCUGCAACCUACAGCCAGGAGCUGCCCACCAGGAUGUGAAGGGGCCUGCAGGGAACUGA